AUGGUCUACUGCGGCAGGCCUUCCACAAGCUGCAACAAUUGUAGAGCCAAGAAAAGACGAUGCGACAAAGCUCAUCCAGAAUGCGGUCAAUGUCGUCGCAUGGGCCAAAAGUGCCCGGGCUACCGCGACCCGUCCAGCCUGAUUUUCCGCGACGAAAGCAGCCAAGUCAUUGACAAGGCUCGCUCGAGAAUCAACAAACGCUCAGCUCCCGCUCCCCAACAGACACAGACCUCGCAACCUUCCUCUGGCCAGCGUUCGCCGGUUCCUCAUCCUGCCAGCGCACCUCGCUCACAGCCUGCACCGCACCAGUUUCCUCCCCAAAAGAUGUCGUCUGUAGAGGACAUGCUCGGUGACAUGGGCGACGGCAUGUUUGCCAACAAUUCGUUCAACUUUGAUCUGCUCGGCUUCAACACCCCCUUCAACACUGAUGGUGGCCUGUUCAGCCUGUCAACAGACAGCUCCGAUGCCAUGAUGACGGGCACAGACUCUACGAGCGCCAGCGCCAUCAAUUCCGGUGCCGCCUCUGCUGUGGAUGUACCCCGUGACGCUACUGGGCGUGCCUCAUCGGGAGGUAUGGAGCUGGCCGCGACCGCUACCUCGCCUGCAGGCUCCAGCCACGAUGGCAGUAUCCAGCGCCCGCUCUCCCUGCCACUCGAUAUGAUUGGUCUGGACUUUUUCCUCACACACUACGUGGUGCACCAGUCGGGCCCUUCUUCGGGUUUCCUCGACUAUGUAGUCACGAUUCUGGCUCGCGAAGAAGGCCACGAGCUGCUCGAAGGCGCUGUCCUUGCCGUCGGCUUUGCUGGCUUGGCCCGCACCACCAAGCAGACUGACUUGAUGUGCCGCUCCAUCAUGAUGUACACGCGCACCAUGGAGCGUGUAAACCGUGCUCUGGCUGAUCCCGUGGCUGCGCGCCGUGAUAGCACAAUUGUCACUGUGCUUGUCUUGGCCCUGUACGAGUUUAGUAAAGCUUCGCUCGACGGCUGGAAACAGCACAUUGACGGUGCAGUCUCCCUGCUCAAUGUCCGCGGCAAGUCGCAGUUUACCACCUCCACUGGCCUGCAAAUCUUCAAGGAUGUCUUUACGCAGCUUCUCACAAACUGCCUGCGCAUUGGUAUUCCCAUGCCCUCCAGCUUGCGCAUGCUGCGUACUGAGGCGUCCAAGGCCUUUUCCGUCUCGGACCCCUACUGGGUGGCAGCCAGCGCCAUGGUCGAGCUCCUCGACCUGUACCACCAAAUUUCUCCCGGUGGUUACAGCUACAUUUCCCACGACCCCAACGCUUCCGUCUCCAACACUUCAUCCUCUGCUGCGCCUACUUCUAACAAAAAGGCUGCCCCCAAUCUGUCAAUUGAAGAUUUGGAGCGCUACCUGUCGCAAGCUCUCGACAUCGACUACCGUCUGGAGAGCAGAUUCGCCGAAUGCCCUCCGGAAUGGUGCUACGCUGUCAUGUCGAACCCCUCGCCCGCAAAUCUCGACACUACACGUUUCCACGGCGAAGUACAUCAUCUUUACCAUGAUGUCUACGUCGCCAACGUUUGGAACAGGAUGCGCACAUGCCGUAUCCUGGCCAACCACGCCAUCGGUUACUUGCUCCUGCGUGGCGCCAACAUUGAUCCCAACUGGUUCUUCUCCAACAACUACGUGGAUCGCCUCCAGGGCGUCUCCAGGACCAUGGCCCACAUCCGUGCUGAUUUGCUGGCCGCCGUGCCCCAGCUCAUGGGCUACGUCACCUCGCCUGCCCAGCAGCAGGUGCAGCACGAGCAGCAAAUGUACCGCCCCAAGGGCAUGACCCCCGUGGCGACAUCGGAUUCGGGUAUCGACGUUGGCGAUGCUACCUCCCCGCCAUAUUCCCCCACUUCCAUCUUUGGGUCGACUGAGCCCGUUAGUGGCUACACCGGCUCGGCUGCCGGCUGCUACUUUGCCACCUGGGUACUGCUCACGGUGGGCUGCAUGCACAGCCUGACGGACGAGACUCGGGCCUGGACAGUAACUCAGCUCAAGCGUAUUAGCACGCAAGCCGGCUUUACGCAGGCCGAUGACUUUGCCAAGUUUAUUGAGCAUCAUAACCUUCGCCCGCCUCUGAAGUAG